CUCGCGCUUCCGCUGGAUGCAGUUCCCGAGCAGGAAGUUCCGCACGACGUGGGCCGUCAAGGACGUCUACAUCGGACGCACCUGCCCUGACAUGUGCGCCAACCACGGCGUCUGCCACCGAUCCGUCUGCCUCUGCGACACAGGCUACACUGGAGCUAAUUGCACGACGCGAGUUCAGCUGAAGCCAGCGACCACGCCCGCGCCGAUGCCGGACUCCACCCAUCCACCGUCCAAGACGCUCGACCCAGGUAUCAGACCUGCUGCGACUCCGCCUCCCACAAGGAGGUACUCCGAUCUGCCGCCCACCUCCGAAAUACCGGAGGACAUCAAUGCUGGAGAAGCCCCAGACACAGGUGAGCAGGAGCUAUGGUUUCCUGAUGGUGAGAUGUUACCAGAUGAGGACUACGAGCAGCUAACCUUUGAGCCGGACCUCGAAGAUUUUGAGCCUGUGCCGGAAGCUAUCCAGGAUGACCAGGUCUGUGUCGCCACCUACAUGUAG